UAUUUUUUUUCUUCAUCUCCGUUCUUCUCUCGUUUUCUUCACUGCCACGCAAUGGCAAGAACCGCCUCUCAAUCAUCUCAAUCUGCAUCUUCCGGUGCCACGACACGACCAGGUGUCAUGGCACCACGCGGCUCCGCUGCCGCUACAGCCGGUAUGCGUCGUCGCCGUCCAACAGGUGGAAACACUACCAGCUCCACCUCUGCCGCAGGAAGCUCCAGCGGAGGGAACAACAUGCUGCGAUUCUACACCGACGAUGCACCUGGUUUGAAGAUUUCUCCGACGGUGGUUCUCGUGAUGAGUCUCGGCUUCAUUGGUUUCGUCACCAUGCUCCAUGUUUUUGGCAAACUCUACCGUUAUCAAUCUGGUCCUGGUGCUGGUGCAGGCGCCGGUGCUUGAUUCGAUCUCAAUCUGAAUCUGAUUAACCGGUUUUUGGAUCUGAUGCAUUGUUUUCUGAAACAUGCAUUUUCUUUUUGUUUC